ACCCGUCCGCCCAUGCAGGGGUACAUAAUAGACGAUACCCCAGAUAGUGUUCACGUGGGUCCGUCUCGUCAUCAUCCCAACAACGAUGAGAUACGCAACUCCAACAACCUUCAAGGCAAAAUUUUAUUUUUCAUCAUACCGUAGUCUCGCAGUUGCUGCAGUACAGGACAAAGGGGCAUAUGUUGCUCCGCCACCGCCGCCACUGAGGGUUCAUUCAGAACGUAUCCAGAAACUUAAAUGUCAUUGCACUACAUAGAGAGCCAUUAUCUCAUCACUGUAUGGGCAGGUAAUAUAGGGGAUGCAUGACCUGAGGCGAAACACGGUCACCCAG